AUGCCUAGAUGGGUGUUCAAUCAUACCAAGGGGGCUCUCACCAGGGAGGAUAAGGAGAAACUUGCAAAAGGCAUGUCCAAAAUCUACACAACUUUUGGGCUGCCCGCCUUUCUCGCCCAUGUCCAGUUCUUUGAGCUGGAGCCUGAAGAAUUCUGGUCUGGUGGUGAAACCUCUGACCCUUUUACUACCAUCACCAUCUACCAUGCUGCAGCGAAUAUCCGAAACAAGGACGAAGGUGAACAUUUUCUUAAGGCACUGGACGAUGUUGUGCGACCAGUCUUGAAACCCAAGGGCAUCAAGUGGGAGUCCAACAUCUACGAGACCCCACGUGACAACUGGAGAGUUCAGGGCAUGGCACCACCAGAUUUCGGUACGGCCAUGAAUGACAAAUGGGUUGUGGAAAACACCUUCACGGAUGAGGAUGAAGAACAAAUUUUGCGACAGCAAGGAUAUUUCGACGACUCUCGCUGGAAGUUGCCAACAUUUUAA